AUGCGCCCGACCGACCAUCCGCCCGCCCAUCCGCCCACCCAUCCGCCCGACCAUCCGCCCGACCAUACGCCCGACCAUGCGCCCACCCAUGCGCCACUCCUCUGUGGUGUGAGGCGGGCGCCACUCCUCUGUGGUGUGAGGCGGGCGCCACUCCUCUGUGGUGUGAGGCGGGCGCCACUCCUCUGUGGUGUGAGGCGGGCGCCACUCCUCUGUGGUGUGAGGCGGGCGCCACUCCUCUGUGGUGUGAGGCGGGCGCCACUCCUCUGUGGUGUGAGGCGGGCGCCGCUCCUCUGUGGUGUGAGGCGGGCGCCACUCCUCUGUGAUGUGAGGCGGGCGCCAAUCCUCUGUGGUGUGAGGCGGACGCCACUCCUCUGUGGUGUGAGGCGGGCGCCACUCCUCUGUGGUGUGAGGCGGGCGCCACUACUCUAUGGUGUGAGGAGGGCGCCACUCCUCUGUGAUGUGAGGCGGGCGCCUCUCCUCUGUGGUGUGAGGCGGGCGCCACUCCUCUGUGGUGUGAGGCGGGCUCCACUCCCCUGUGGGGUGAGGCGGGCGCCACUCCUCAGUGGGGUGAGGCGGGCGCCACUCUUCUGUGGUGUGAGGCGGGCUCCACUCCUUUGUGGUGUGAGGCGGGCGCCGCUCCUCUGUGGUGUGAGGCGGGCGCCGCUCCUCUGUGGUGUGAGGCGGGCUCCACUCCUAUGUGGUGUUAGGCGGGCGCCAUUCCUCUGUGGUGUGAGGCGGGCGCCGCUCCUCUGUGAUGUGAGGCGGGCGCCACACCUCUGUGGUGUGAGGCGGGCGCCACUCCUCUGUGAUGUGAGGCGGGCGCCACUCCUCUGUGGUGUGAGGCGGGCGUCACUCCUCUGUGGUGUGAGGCGGGCGCCGCUCCUCUGUGGUGUGAGGCGGGCGCCACUCCUCUGUGGCGUGAGGCGGGCGCCACUCCUCUGUGGUGUGAGGCGGGCGCCACUCCUCUGUGGCGUGAGGCGGGCGCCACUCCUCUGUGGUGUGAGGCGGGCGCCACUCCUCUGUGGCGUGAGGCGGGCGCCACUCCUCUGUGGUGUGAGGCGGGCGCCACUCCUCUGUGGUGUGAGGCGGGCGCCACUCCUCUGUGAUGUGAGGCGGGCGCCGCUCCUCUGUGGUGUGAGGCGGGCGCCACUCCUCUGUGGUGUGAGGCGGGCGCCACUCCUCUGUGAUCAAUCCCCAUGUAGGGCAGUCACAGGGCUAACCACAGGGCUAACCACAGGGCUAACCACAGGGCUAACCACAGGGCUAACCACAGGGCUAACCACAGGGCUAACCACAGGGCUCACCACAGGGCCCACCACAGGGCUCACCACAGGGCUCACCACAGGGCUAACCACAGGGUUCACCACAAGACUAACCACAGGGUUCACCACAGGGCUAACCACAGGGCUAACCACAGGGCUAACCACAGGGCUAACCACAGGGCUUACCACAGGGGCUCACCACAGGGCUCACCACAGGGCUACUCACAAUCAAUCGCAAGGCUAA